UCUGGAGAAGCCAUCCAGAUCCACCACCUGACCCGUCAGAACAUGGCCGAAAUGCAGGGCAGUGGGCAGCGGGACUGGACUCACUCCUCAGCUGAGCUGUUGGAACUUGCUUAUCACGAGGCGGCUGGCCGGCAUGGCCUUUCUAGGCAGUCAGAGGACAGCACUUCCUGCUUGAGCUUCAGAGACCUGAAAGAUUAUCCAAACCAGCUGGCGGGCAGCCAAGGUCCAGCAAAGGCAGGAAUGAAUGCCCACCCACCCAACAAGGACCCGCUGGAUGGCUCACCAGAUCCAAGUAAGCACAGGGGGGGCGGGUGGGGGAGAGAAGGUUAGCAUGCCUAGCGCCCAGUGAGUUGGAGAGCUUUGACCUGUGGAGGUCUCUCACACGGAACUCCUUCCCAGAUGCCCCAGGAGGCAGACCGGUUGUCUCCCCCUCUGUCUGGUAGGGCCAAUUUGGGGUUUGGCGGUCCCAGUUCCGGCUGCUGGAAAAUGUACCCAUGCGCCAUGUAUCCAUCCUCAAAAAUGCUGCCUUCUGAGAUCAGAACAGAUAAAAAAACGAAAGCAAGGAGCGAGCAAGCCUUUGCUGGAUGGGUUCUUUAGGUUUUGGGCUUGUGGUUUUUGUCAACAUUGCUGCCGUCAGGAUGGCAAGAGCAGCUAAGAAAGCUUCUGAUUCCAGCAGAUCUUCUGGACUCAGUAAGGAACACCCAGCAGGAGAUAAAGAGAAAAGGGACCUCUCUCCUCAAAGGGUUAACAGCCUUUGCCUCAAAGCUCCCAAGGAAGCUGAGUGUCAGUUAGGCAGCAAUAAGGCACAGAAUGCAAAUUCUUACUUUAAAGAAAUGGUGCAAAUAAUGGAAAAGCCCAUUUUUAAGCUGCUUUGUGCAUCCUGGCCGAGAGGGAAAGCUUCCUCCAGAGGUUUCUGCUCUGAGGCAGCCAGAACAGAUUUCGAACUUUGAUUUGGCUUAUCAUCGAUGUGCAGAAUUACAGCGACGGGCUUCUGGGUCCCAUGUGAGUGAUUCCUUCAGGAAUCUUCCCCGGGGAAACUGCCCUGGGAAGCAUCCUAGAUGGGCCACCUUAGGCCAGCGAUCCAAUGAAACCCCAAGGAAAUGACCCCUAAGCAGGUGAGCUUGGAUGCUUUUUCACCCCCCCUGGGCUGUCAGACUCUGAAACAGCCCCACAAGCCAGAAAGUAGAUUGCCUCUCCCUCCUCUUACGAAAGAAGGGAAGAGGAGCAUCCAAUCUCAAGCACGGCUGUGCGGGAUCACAGGGGCAUCGAGUCCCCUCUGGGCACCCCAGGAAUGACCAGCUGGAAGGAGACGGCUAGCAAGCGUGGAAAUGGCUGAUUUGGGGGAGGCGUCUUCCCGCCAAGGUCCUUCUUGAAACCAAAGGAGAUGCUUUAAAUUGGUAUCGAAAUGUUAUUUGUGUGCAUGUGUCUGUUCAAUAUAUCUGCAUCCCAACAACCUGGAUUGAAAUGAAUGAGAAGUGCUAGGAAUGAAAUGAAGUAUUAGACUCUUGAGCUGAGCUUUGGGGUCUUGGUGGAUCAGCACUGGGAUGUAACCGAGGCCCCCGUUUCCGUCUCUCUUUCCUGGAGCUGAGCAGGAGGAACGCUUCCAGGCCAGAGGCUUCUGGAAACCUCCCCCCUCCCCACCAUCCUUCCUG